AUGAAAUCGAUCAAUUCAUCAUCAUCAUCAUCAGGUUCCAAAAACAAAUCAUCAAUCAAGUUUGUAUACAGUUAUGGCGGAAAGAUCCUUCCUCGUCGACAUUCCGACGCUCAACUUCUCCUCCGCUACGUCGGCGGCCACAUAAGAAUCCUCUCCGUCGAUCGUUUCAUAACAAUCUCAGAUCUGAUGAUGAAAUUUGAAGAUUCGUGUGGAUUUUCUGUGAAUUUGAAAUGUAAACUUCCAAACGAAGAUCUAGAUGUGCUUGUUUCCAUCACUUCUGACGAAGACCUAGCUAACAUUAUCGAAGAAUACGUUCGAGCUUCAUCGGUAUCGAAUAAGGAAUUGAAGAUUAGAGCGAUUCUGUUUCCUAAUUUAAAGUCUGUUAAUAAAAAGGUUCAUGUUCAUCCGCUGCCGCCGCCGCCGCCUGUUUCUUCUUCUUGUUGUUCCAGAGUUGGUUCAUCCUCAGGAAGUACUAUUGCAUCAGUACUGUCGUCGUCGUCGUUGGCAAUUGGAUUUCCGUUUCAACGCAAUAUUCCUUGCUGCUUCGGAGAGGGAAACUUUGCUCGAUCCAACAUCAGUAUUCCUCCAUGGAGUCAUCAUCAUCAUAACAACAGAUUCAAUUUAGCCUAA